AUAUGUAGUAACGCCAUUGAAAAGCCUAGUUGGUGGCGGUAGUGUGCAACUUACACACCGCAAGCUGCCAUUUAACAAGAAGAAGAAAGGCAAGAGGAAAGACACACAUUUCAUGCGUUAGCAAAGAUGUCAGCGCCUAUAGACCUAGAGCUCAAAAAGGCCUUCUCAGAGUUACAGGUGAAGAUGAUUGACACGCAGCAGAAAGUCAAGAUGGCUGACCUGCAGAUUGAUCAGUUGACCCGUGUUCAGAAACACGCUAAGCUUACACACGCCGAGAUCACGUCGCUCCCUGACAAUACGCGACUCUACGAGGGAGUCGGACGCAUGUUCAUCCUGCAGUCAAAGGAGGAGAUCAGUAAUCAGCUGAUGGACAAACAGAAAACAGCAGAUGAAAAAAUCAAAGAGCUUGAGCAAAAAAAGGUUUACCUUGAACGCAGUGUGAAAGAAGCAGAAGACAACAUUAGAGAGAUGCUGCUGUCUCGGAGAGCUCACUGAUCCACAAUCAGUCUGCGUUGUAAUGAUCAUUAAAGCCUAAUUUAAAAGGA